CUAUAACGCGUGACAGGAAAAUUCCAACCCAAAAAAAAUUGGGUACUCUCUUUCCUCCAUUGUUGAUCCUUCUAAACUACAGUACUAACCCCACCACACCACCCCCCAUCACCAUUCUAACCCACCAUCCCCACCACCUCGUUCUUCACGCCUUAUAUACCUCCUCCUCUUUCUUUCUCUCUCCUCAAAUACUCUCUAAUCUUUUUUAAAAAAAAGAUCAACAAAUAAAAUGAAGCACAAAAUUCUCCCAAACCCAAUUCCAAAACCCAGUCUAGCAAAAAAAAUGACCCGUUUCAACUCCACCCCAAUCCCUCUUUGCUUCCGCCCUUCCACCGCCACACCCGCCCUCGAAUACCCCCACGCGCCACCUUCAACCACCACCGCUACGAACACCACCUCAACCCCAAAUUUAACCACUUGCCUAUACCAAACCCACCUUGGCAUCUUCUCCAUCACAUGGUCCCGCUCCCUCCUCUCCCGCUCCUUCCACCUUCACCUCCACCCUCCUCCGUCGCUCUCAACGCCGCCACUUUCUCUCUCUUCCCCUUCCUUCCACCUCACUCUCAAACCUUUUCUAUUUUGGAACAAAAAUGGCGUUAAAAAACUCCCUCCCCCCUCUAAUUCUCUCUCCCCAAUCUACAUCUUCUGGGAUCUUACCGCCGCCAAGUUCGGGUCCGGGCCUGGGCCCGAACCCGUAUCUGGGUUCUACAUUGCAGUUGUUUUCGAAGGCGAGAUCGCUCUUUUAAUUGGGGAUUUGGAGAAAGAUGCUCUGGCUAAGACGAAGGCGAAGCGAGCUGGGAGCUCUAGCAGUAACAAUGGCGGAAAGGCGGCUCCGCUACCGCCGCCGCAGCAAUCGUUAGUGGUUCGAAGGGAGCAUGUUUUCGGGAAUCGAUUAUACAAGACAACUACCGAAUUCGGCGGGAGAUCAAGGAGUAUCGUGAUUGAACUGAACACGAACAACGAGGAAGAUCCGAAAUUAGUGAUCCGUUUCGACUCGAAACGGGUUUUACAGGUUAAGCAUUUGAAGUGGAAAUUCAGGGGGAGUGAAAGGGUUGAAGUAGACGGGCACCCGAUUCAGCUCUCCUGGGAUGUAUACAACCGGUUGUUCGAUGAAGAAUGUGGGCCCCACGAUGAUGGGUAUGCUCUGUUCACUUUCAGAUUCGAAAAACAGGGGAAAACCAACGAAGAUGAAGCUCUAAAACAGAGCUUUAACGGUGGCGGAAGUGAGAGAGGGGUAAUUUGGUCACAAGAUUCAUGUGGGUUGAACUACGAAAGGAAGAAGAUGAAGAAGAAAUUGAUGGUAAAAACAAGGAGUACAUCUUCCUCUUCUCUCUCCUCUGUUUCAUCUGGGAGUAGUUCUGUUCUUGAAUGGGAGAGUGUCGAGGAGAAUGAAUUGAAGGGGCCCACUGGAUUUUCAUUGCUUGUGUAUGCUUGGAAGAAUUGAAGUAAAUUUGCAGAUAAUCAUUUCUUCCUCUCUUUUUUCCUUUUUUCUUCUCUCUUUAUUUUUUUUUUUUCAUUUUUUGGUGCUUCAAACUAACCAAUUUGAUAGAUAUAGAUUGUAUUAUACAGAUAUAUAGGUAAUCUGGGAAAUCACUGACAGUUUUGCUAUUGUUUUUCCCCUUUUUGUUGGAUUGAAGAUUUCCUUACAUGAUUCAUAAAUGUGAGAUUAAGCAAAUGUUUUAAUGUCAAGAAGAUUUUGAUUGGA